GGAGGGGGGUGCCCCCCGGGGGCGAGGGAUUGUCCCCGUGCCUUGGGGGGCAUCAAUCAAGCAUCUAGCCCUCGGACACGAGCGGGUGGCCGGGAACAUGAACGGAAGUAAAUAUUUAAAUAUAUGCAAAUGAGCGGAAGCAGGAGGUGCUCCGUUUCCCCCCCCACUGUGGGCGGAGUGGGCACCGCCAAUCGGGAGGCGCAUGCGCGCUGGCGAGCGGUGGGCCCCCGCCUCUCGCCCGCUUACACCCUCCGCGCAGGCGCGCUGCUGCCAAGGCGCAUGCGCAAUCGGGGGUGGAGGAGCCGCGCCUGCGCAGUCCGGCUCCGGGGAGGCGAGUGGGGUCUUUCCCUCUCCGUCACCCCCUCGACCCCCCCCCCUCCCGCUUUUCCCCCCCCCUCCCCUCCAAACCUCCUCCCCGUCCGUCUCCGCUUCCUGCGUGCGUGGGCCCGGAGCGGGAGGGGUUUCCGGGAGCGCGGGCGUCGUCGGGGCUGAUAAGGCUGAACAAGGAGAAGGAGCCCCACCGCUACCGGGAUGAGCGACGGCAGCCGGUCGGGCGUGCGGCGUCCAUGACAGGUCAUCUCCGUUCUCGCUGCUCCUCCUGCAGCCGCUGCCGCCAGCGUUAGCCACUUCCCCGGUCCUGCGGCAGAGAGGGGGUUAGAGCCCGCGGCACCACCAUGAACGAAGUGUCAGUCGUGAAGGAGGGCUGGCUGCACAAGAGAGGGGAAUACAUCAAAACAUGGCGCCCCCGGUAUUUCCUGCUGAAAAAUGACGGAUCCUUCAUUGGCUACAAGGAACGGCCGGAGACGUCCGAUCACAGCUUGCCACCUCUGAAUAACUUCUCGGUAGCGGAGUGCCAGCUGAUGAAGACUGAGCGGCCUCGGCCCAACACCUUCGUCAUCCGAUGCUUGCAGUGGACAACGGUCAUUGAGAGGACCUUCCACGUAGACUCUCCCGAAGAGCGCGAGGAGUGGAUGCGAGCCAUCCAGACGGUAGCAAACAGCCUGAAGAACCAAGAAUCGGAGGUGGACACAAUGGAUUACAAGUGCGGAUCUCCUAACGACAGCACCAGCGCCGAGGAGAUGGAGGUGGCUGUCAGCAAAACCCGUGCCAAGGCUACCAUGAAUGAUUUCGAUUACCUGAAGCUGCUGGGAAAGGGCACUUUUGGCAAAGUCAUCUUGGUGCGGGAAAAAGCCACCGGCCGCUAUUAUGCCAUGAAAAUCCUACGGAAAGAGGUCAUCAUUGCAAAAGAUGAGGUGGCGCACACUGUUACGGAGAGCCGGGUGCUGCAGAACACCAGACACCCCUUCCUCACUGCGCUGAAAUAUGCCUUUCAGACAAAUGACAGGCUGUGCUUUGUCAUGGAGUACGCCAAUGGUGGAGAGCUGUUUUUCCACCUCUCGAGAGAACGCGUCUUCACGGAGGAUCGAGCUCGUUUCUAUGGUGCAGAAAUAGUCUCUGCGCUGGAGUACCUGCACUCCCGGGAUGUGGUGUACAGGGACAUUAAGCUGGAAAACCUCAUGCUUGAUAAAGAUGGCCACAUCAAAAUCACCGACUUUGGGCUCUGCAAGGAAGGCAUCACAGAUGGAGCCACCAUGAAGACCUUCUGCGGCACUCCCGAGUACCUGGCUCCAGAGGUCCUGGAGGACAACGACUACGGCCGCGCCGUGGACUGGUGGGGCCUGGGGGUCGUCAUGUAUGAGAUGAUGUGUGGUCGCCUCCCCUUCUACAACCAGGACCACGAACGCCUCUUCGAGCUGAUCCUCAUGGAGGAGAUCCGGUUCCCUCGUACCCUCAGCCCCGAGGCCAAAUCCUUGCUGGCCGGGCUGCUCAAGAAGGAUCCCAAACAGAGGCUUGGUGGAGGUCAAAACGAUGCCAAGGAGGUGAUGGAGCAUCGCUUCUUCGCCCCCAUCAACUGGCAGGACGUGGUUCAGAAGAAGCUGGUCCCACCGUUCAAGCCCCAAGUGACGUCCGAGAUCGACACACGGUAUUUCGAUGACGAGUUCACCGCCCAAUCCAUCACCAUCACCCCGCCAGAUCGCUACGACAACAUGGGCUCCCUGGAGAACGACCAGCGGACGCACUUCCCCCAGUUCUCCUACUCCGCCAGCAUACGGGAGUAACCAGCAGCAGCGGCAUUCGGCCUCGUGAGGAGGAGGAGGGGGGUUUGGGGGCUCACUCAUGGCAGGAGGGAUUUCUCUUCCGUGCCCAGCAGAUGGGGGGCGGGAUGCUGCGGCUCGCCGGUGCUGCGCCGCGGCGCCUUUCGGAAGCCAUACGCCUACCAAGUGCUCUUUCUCUGCAGCUCCCACCGGCACUGAGACGUGCCUCCUGCCCCUAGCCUAGGACUGCUUUGAUUUUUAAUUAUUUUUAUUUUUUAAACUUCUAGAAGUGCUCGCAGCUUUUUAAGCCAACCCCUCUUUCUCCACAACUGUGGCCUUGACCCUCCCCACCCCCUCCCCCGGAAGCUCAGCCAGCCCUCUGCCCAGUAAAACCCACUGUUCCCAGUUGGGGAGAAGCUGUUUUCACAGCAGAAGGGAGGGGGGAAAAAAACCUCUGAGGCCAGGACCCAAUGCUGGCUGCCCCAAGGGAGGGGACAACAGGGCAGGACCCCCGCUGAGACUGGGGGGGGCCACAUCUCAGCCUCUCGGAUCUGGCUCUGCUUGGAACUGAACCAGCAGCGACCGAAAACCAACCGUACCCCUGAACUGGUGCCUCAGCAGAGCGGAGCACCUCCACCGUGCCAGCGUAGUCCUACAGAAAACACGAUCGAAAAAGCAAUAGUUUGGCUUCUCCGGUGCCUUAAAGCCAGGAGCUGCAGCGGUCCUGGGCUCAGUGACAGCGGCCACAUCCUCGGUGGGCGACGGUGUCACCAGAACCAGCUCGCCUCCGGUCUCGGUGCGGUGUUCCAGAGGGACGGGGCUUUGGCUGCCGCGCUGCCGGCAUCAGGACUGGGUUUCUUCUAGCACACGCCACUGCCGACGGUGGAUCCGCACCCGAUGGAUGCUCUCUGGACAUCUUUUGGUAGAGACCAGUCACCGGGGCUGUGGGCUCCUGGCACAGCGUUGGUGGGACCUGGUGCUCGGGGACCAUUGCCUUUGCGGCACCGGCACCAACAAGCCGGGCCAGUGACAAGCUGGACUUGCUGCCCGGCAUCUCUUGGUGCAGCCAACGGCAGGGGCUGCGGUUUGGAGGUAGGAAUUUGGUGCCUGGUGCUGCUUCCCCCCCUGCGGAGAGGAACUGAGAAAACUCGCUUUUUCUUACCUAGUUCCUAGUUGCCCAAAUUGAGUCGAAUUAACUUCAAAAUACCAGAGCAGGGUGGGGAGCCAAGACCCCUCGAUGCGGUGGGCAUGGUGGCCCGGCAUCCCCAGCGCAGCAGCUGGCCGGCAGCUCUUGGCUGCCCUUGUGUUUGUACGGUACAAGCAAUAAAAUGGGGGGGUUUUUGUUCUU